AUGGAAAUCAUCACACCCCAGGACUACCAGAACAACUCUCGCAAGCGACAGCGACGUAGCCUUCGUCCCUGCGACGCCUGCAGGAAGCGAAAGACUCGCUGCGUCACAAAGGAUGGUGACGGCGACUGCGUCCAUUGCCAGCUGAGAGCUACACCGUGUACCUUCCAGCACGACCCCCCAGAACGACAGGUUGCAAGCACCAGCGGGAAUAGCAGCAGCACCACCACCGCCCCAGGAAUCCAGGAAGAAAUCGGCCCAGACGAGAUGCCAGGACAACUUCCGAACCAGAACCAGAGCCAAAACCAACCUUCAGUCAGGAGUAUGAGCCAGCAAAGCCGUAAAGAGUCUCGGGACGAAGUUCAGUCCGUCUACUCCGUCCCAUCGAUCCAGCCAUUCCUCUCCCCGGCCGAGACGCGCGCUUCUGCUGAUAGUGGUAUGCCUAUUGCUCCGCCCUCAGUGCUUGUUCCCGAGCUAGGUCCCCUGGAUCGAACUAUGGGCUGCUCGUCUACGCGCUUCGCCGAACUCUACGGACUUGGGAGCGACAUGGAGCCCAUACUAAUGCGACAUCGUCCCUACGAUCCUCAAACUCACGAGUUUAGCCUUGAUACGCAUGCCAUUCGCCGAGUGCUCGAGAGGGAUGACGGCCAGGAGUAUCCCUUGACGUUUCACAUGGCUCGAGACGAAAAAGCUGUUGAUGGUGAUCCCACCUUUUCCCAGGUCGACUCUAUCGAGAGCUGCGUUCGCCCCCACGGCCCGAGCCUCGUCGAGCUCUUCUGGAGACAUGUUCAGCCAUGCUAUCCCAUCCUCUCCAAGGACCCCUUCACCCUUGCCUAUAGCCAGUCUUACCGUCGCAUACCCGCGGCCCUGCUCGGAGCAAUCUAUUUAUCCGCGAUUCGCUGGUGGACCUAUGACCCUGAGCUCUCCAUCAGAAUUCCCCCGGAUGCUGCCCUACUGCGUAGGAUGCUCCGGACGGCCAUCCCGGCCUCCUAUCACCGCCCAAAACUCAGUUCCAUACAGGCUGCCCUGCUCCUCCUCCAGUGCCAGCCCGAAGACCCCCUCAACCCUGACCAUACCUUCCAAUGGGGCCUUACAUGCCAGGCGCUUGCUAUCGGUCAGUGUCUUGGUCUUCACCUCGAUGCCAGCAACUGGACUAUUCCCCAAUGGGAGCGCAACGUUCGUAAGCGUCUCAGCUGGGCGCUAUUCAUGCAGGACCGCUGGACUGCAUUGGCUUACGGACGACCUGUUCACAUUCACGACGAUGACUGGACAGUUGGCGAUCUUACUCCUGCUGAUUUUUCAGAUUUUGAAAGUGAGGUUCCCAACGCUCCCUCGGCUUCAGGAUCCGUUUCUAGUUCCGUUUCUGUUUCUGGAUCCGACGAUGAUCGGAGAUCUAUUGCCUACACUGGCAUGACACACUCGCACCUGUCGAGAGCAGGACACGAUGAUACUCUUUGA